CCAGCCGCGCCGCCAGCACCAUGGCCGAGGUGCCCCCCGUGGUCCGGAUCAAGGUCUCCCUCAAGAUCCAGCCCAACGACGGCCCCGUCUACUUCAAGGUGGACGGCCAGAGGUUCGGCCAGAAUCGCACCAUCAAAUUGCUGACCGGGGCCAAAUACAAGGUCGAGGUGGCCCUGAAGCCGGGCACCAUCCACGCCACGACAAUGGGAAUAGGUGGAGUAGAUGUGACCCUUGAAGAGACAGCAAGAGAACCACAACUUGUUACUUACACUGGCAUCUAUGACACAGAAGGAGUUCCUCACACCAAAAGUGGGGAAAGACAACCUAUACAAGUAAACCUUCAGGUCACUGACCUUGGCGCUUUUGAAACAGUCUGGCAAGUCAAAUUCUACAACUAUCACAAGCGAGACCACUGCCAGUGGGGAAACAGCUUUGGCUGCAUCGAGUAUGAAUGCAAACCCAAUGAGACGCGCAGCCUCAUGUGGAUCAAUAAGGAGACCUUCUUCUGAAGUGAGGCCACUGUGUCCGGACAAUUGCUUGGUAAAAUAACUGAUCCUCAAACCAGUGCGAAGCCUUACUCAGGCCCUCAGUAUAGAUGUUUCUUUUUGUGGAAUAAAGCGGAAUCUUCCCUUUCCCCACCUCACAACACAUUUGCUCCCAAAUGAGUAGGUUUGCAAUGAAGAAAUGAGUGUUGCUGGGAGAUGAUUCC